AUGAACCCAAAUAGGUUGCUAUAUAGGUGCAGGAAAACAGACUUAGAAUCUUGUCGGUAUUUUAUAUGGGUAGACGACUUUGAGAAAGCUGCAGAUAAUCAAUUGAACAAUGAGAAUUACACACUCAGAACACGACGCAGACACAUUUUAGAUGCAUGUAAACGACGUAACGACGCUAAUAAGCUUUCUAGAUGGUCAACCAAACUCGUUGAUGACGUUUUGGCUGAAUUUGAUAAGCAUGACGACGAGAUAACUAAUUUCAGCGACGAUGAUGACUUUAUCGAGUGUAGUAGACAGCCGAAUAAGAGACUAUAUGAUGUAGACAGCGACAACAAAGAGGAGCUACCGUCGACACCCAAAAGACCCCGUCGUCUAUCACCUCCGGGCCAACCCCGGCAUAGAAAAGUUAGCGAUUUCUUCAAAAAGAUCGACGAGAAGGGUGCGAAAAGGGAGAGGAGUGAUACAAACGCACAGCUAGAUACUAACGAGUUAAUAAAUUACGUUAAAUCUACAGAAAGAAGCCAUGCAGGACUCGCCCAAGAACUAGAAGAAGCGAAAGGGGAAAUCAGGAAAUUGAAAAAGGAAGCGCGUGUGUACAACGAUAUAAUUGGUAAACUCUACAAAUUAAUACCUUAA